UAAAACUGCUCAAUAUAUUAAAAGGCCUAUAGUGAUGACUGGUUUCAACAAAGAUGUCAAACAGAAGAAGAAAUCAGGUGACCGCUCCCCCUGAGAGCCCGCGGAGCUAUGAUGCUGCGUUCUGCUCGGAUCUUGACCGGAAGUACCUCUGCCCCGUCUGUUUGUCCGCCCUCCAUGAACCAAUGCAGACUUCCUGUGGACACCGGUUCUGUAAAACCUGCAUUCAGGGUGUGAUCAAUGGAAGAGCUAAUGCCAAGUGCCCAGUGGACAACGUUGUAUUCAAAUGUAAUGACGAGCUUUUUGAAGAUAAGGCCUUCCAGAGAGAGGUGUUGUCUCAAACAGUGAAGUGUGGUAACCAUGACAAAGGCUGCACGUGGACCGGAGAACUCCGCUCCUAUCAGGAGCAUGACGCUCGAUGCCAGUACGUCUCUGUACAUUGCGAGAACAACUGUGGACUGAGGAUUCCCCGCCACCAGCUGACAGACCAUGCGGACGUCUGUGAACGCCGUCCUGUCGACUGUCAGCACUGUAACUCACAGAUUCCCUUCACUGACCUCACGAAGCACCAGGUGCUGGCGUGCCAGAACUUGCCAGUCCAGUGUACUCUGUGUGGACAGGCUGGGAUAAGAAGGAAGGAUAUCUCCGCACAUAUCGACAUCACCACUGGUGACUGCCCUCUCACUGUCAUCCCCUGUCAGUAUGCCUCUUUCGGCUGCCAAUUCCAGGACAAGCGGCGCGACAUGGUGGAACACUACAGAGAGGCCGCCAAUCAUCACAUCCUGUUGUUGGUCCGGAAGAUUUCCGACCAGGAGCAGAGAAUCUCUGCCUUGGAGAGGGAGGUCCAGCUAAUUCAACAGGAACAGGAGGACCAGAAACAAGCUCUUCAGCAGGUUCAGCCAUAGAAUUCAGUGGGCUCACCCACAGACUUCAUCAGAUUCACUGAUAGACUUCAUCACGUUCACCCAUAGACAUCAUCAGAUUCACCCUUAGUUCAUCGAAAGACAUCUUUUUUAUCAACAAUUUCAACAGGUUUACCCGCAGACUUCAUCAGGUUCACCCAUAGACUUCAUCUAGUUCACCAACAGACUUUAUCAAAUUCUCCUACAAACUUCAGACUUCAUCGGGUUUACUCAUCAGCUUCACCCACAGACUUUAUUAGGUUUCAACAUAGACUUCAUCUGGUUAAGUUAGAGACUCUGUAAUAUCAUCUAUAGACUUCAUCAGCUUUGCCCACAGACUUCAUCCAGUUCACCCAUAGACUUCAUCAAGUUCACCCUCAGACUUCAUCAGCUUCACCCAUAGACUUCUUUUGGUUCACACAUAGACUUCAUCUGAGGUUCACUCCUAGAUUUCAUCUGGUUCAACUAGAAUUCUUCAGGGUCACUCAUAAACAUCAUCAGGUUCACCCAUAGACUUCAUCAGGUUUACCCAUAAACUACCUCAAGUUCACCCAUAGUUUAUUGAUAGACUUCAUCAACUUCAUCCACAGAAUUUAUCAGCUUCACCCAGACUUCACCAGGUUUACCAAAAGAUUUCAUCAUCUUCACCCAAAGGCUUAAUCAGCAUCACCCAAAAACUUCAUCUGGUUCACCCAUAGAUUUCAUCAGCUUCACUUACAGACUUCCUCAGGUCCCUAGGUCCAAGAACUCCUUCAUUCUAACUCUGGAAAUCAUGUUAAUUAGCUUGUUUUAUCUCAAACUUAAAGCUCAUCUUAUUUCACCUUUAAAAAAUUGUACUGUAUCAAUAAACAUGAUUUUGUGAAA